UGGAGUCAGUUGGAUUCGCCACCCUCCCUUCAUUCCUACCAGCAGUCAGCCUAUUAUAUUAUCACAAUGUCUGAUAACGAAGAAGAAUUCGGCGCCAGCUUUGAGUCUGUGGAUGAGCUGCAGCAGCAUGGUAUCAACGCCUUAGAUAUCGCCAAGCUCAAAUCAGCGGGCAUCGUUACUAUCCUCGGUGUCGCCCAAACCCCUCGAAAGAACUUGCUGAAGAUUAAGGGUCUGUCCGAAGCCAAGGUUGAAAAACUCAAGGAAACAUGCACUAAAAUCCUCCCCCCCGCUUUUCUCACUGGCACAGAAAUUGCAGACCGUCGAGCCAACGUCGUCUACAUAACAACCGGAUCCAAGUCAGUUGAUGCUAUGUUAGGUGGAGGAAUCGCUACUCAAAGCAUCACGGAAGUGUUCGGCGAAUAUAGAACUGGAAAGACCCAGCUUUGUCAUACCUUGUGCGUCUCUACUCAGCUACCCGAAGAUCAAGGUGGUGGUAGCGGUAAAGUUGCUUAUAUCGAUACGGAAGGUACCUUCCGACCUGACCGAGUCCGCGCUGUAGCAGACCGCUUCGGCGUCGACUCCAACAUGGCUCUUGAUAACGUUCUUUGCGCACGAGCCUGGAGCUCCGAACAUCAGUGUGAUUUACUGGUAGAUCUGGCCAUUCGCUUUGUAGAAGAACGGGCAUACAAGUUAUUGAUCGUGGAUAGUAUCAUGAACCUUUUUCGUCAAGAUUACUCGGGCCGAGGUGAACUUUCCGAAAGACAGCAGAAACUAAACCAGUUCCUCGCACGUCUUCAAAAGCUCGCGGAAGAGUUCAACAUUGCAAUCGUCUUAACCAAUCAAGUACAGGCUGACCCAGGUGCUGCUGCAAUGUUCGCUGCUGCAUCCAGCGCCAAGCCCGUAGGAGGCCACAUUCUCGCCCAUGCCUCUGCAACUCGUAUUGCACUCCGUAAAGGUCGAGGAGACGAACGUAUUGCCAAGCUGCAAGACUCGCCUGAUAUGCCCGAGGGAGAAGCCACCUAUACUCUUCGUACCGGGGGCUGGGAAGACCCAAGCUAAACGGAUUGCUACUCAUUUUGACUCCCCCUCCAGAAAGCUUUGCUAGCUUUGCUGAUUUCCCGAAACGAAAUGACUGUUGUAUAUACUAACCUCGACAACUUAUCACGCAACAUUUCACUGCAUUUUCUUUAUGGUCAUGCUGAUCAAGGUCCUCAGUUGUAUAUAUGCCCCGGAGCGACAUUUGUUGAUAUUGCUGUGUGUAUGGAUUUUAUUGCCAAUAGAUAUUGGGAGCGUCAAAAGAA